AUGACAAUAAUCAACUCAAUUUCUUCAUUAGGAAAAAUCUCAAAUAAAAAUAAAAGCCAAAAUAAUUUAAAUGGUAUUAACAAUUCAAAUAGUUCUUCAAAUAUCCAAGGAUCAAAUCAAAACACAGGAAUAGUUAGUGGCUUAUUAGAAAUAGUUCGUGGAGUUGUUCUUGCCCUUGGUGUAGUUGUUGGUGCAAUAGGAUUGUAA